CACAGAAAUUUUCUUAUUCAAACCAUAAUCAAGUCCAAAAAAAAGAAUUUCAAACCAAAUCAAACCAGAGACAUGUUAACUUUUUAUUUCAUUUGAUUUUUCGAUUCAGGAAAAAAAAAAUAACAAAUACUAUGAGGAUUGCCGCCUUAGUAAUUUACUCUGUUUCCUCCACGUCUCGUCACCACAUUGAGUAGGAAAAAUGCACCUGAUAGGAAAUUAGCUCACCAUUCUCCCUCAUGGCGCGUGGGCUCACCCCCACUUGAAUCUGAACACUGUUACUCUAUCGGAUGCAACUAUUGGAACCGACAAUUACCUUCACAUGAGAGUUACAAACCUAUAAUGUUCAUUCUGUGGCUCUUCAUGUAUGAGUUUUCUCCAUUGGUUAUAGUCAUGGUACCAUCACAUUGUGCGUAUAUUCGUUACAUAUAUAACUGGAUAAAUAAUCAAAAACUCCAACCUUAUCUUCACAUUUGUUGCUUAUAAAAAGGGAGAUAAGCCAUUAACAUAAAGGGCAAAAGAGCACAAUAUGGUUGGAAAAAUGAGAGAUAGCUCAGCUUCACCAAAUGGUUCAUUUACUAGUGCCAUGACACUAAAUGAAGAGAGGAUAACCUAUGUUCCCAGGCGUUACAUUCUUCCCCCAUCCUUACGCCCCGAGCGAACCCUGUGUGACACAUGCUUGCCCGUUGUGGAUCUAUCCUUUCUGCAACACCCUCUUCUUCGGCCUCAGAUAAUCCAGCAAGUACACCUGGCUUGCAAGGAACUAGGUUUCUUCCAGGUAGUUAACCAUGGAAUCCCAUUGUCAGUCAUGAAAGAUGCCAUAGAUGCUGCGAGCGAAUUCUUCGAUUUACCAACUGAAGAGAAAAAGCAUCUCUUGUCUUCAAAUGUUCAUGAACCCAUAAGAUAUGGUACUAGUCUAAAUCAUGUCAAAGACAAAGUACACUUUUGGAGAGACUUCCUCAAGCACUACGCUAAUCCAAUCUCAACUUGGAUUGACCUGUGGCCAUCAAAUCCCACAUGUUACAAGGAGAAAAUGGGAAAUUACACAAAGGCAGCGCAAAAGUUGCAAGAAGAACUCAUGGAAGUGAUAUUUGAGAGCUUAGGACUAAACCCUAGUUACUUACAUGAAGACAUUGCAGAAGGCUCUCAGGUCAUGGCCGUUAAUUGCUAUCCAGCAUGUCCUGAGCCAGAUCUUACACUGGGAUUGCCACCACACACAGAUUAUGGUAUGCUAUCCAUCAUUCUUCAAAAUCAUCAGGGCUUGCAAAUCAUGGACCGAGAUGAAAAGUGGCAUGCAGUUCCAGUCAUUGAAGGAGCUCUCAUUGUUCAGCUGGGAGAUCACAUGGAAGUAUUGAGCAAUGGCAGAUACAAAAGCGUUCUCCACCGAGCAGCAGUUAACUCAGAACAAAAGCGCAUUUCAAUUGCCAGCCUUCAUAGUCUAGCUUUAGGUAAAAAAGUUAGACCUGCACCAGACCUUGUCAAUGAACAACAUAUCUUGUCCUACAAUGAAGGAAGUUUCAGUGAUUUCCUUGACUUCAUUUCUCAAGAAGAUAUCAUCAAAGGAAAGUACAUAGACAAACUAAAAAUAAAGUCAUGAUGAUUAUGGUCCCUGAGAGAGCAUAUGUGAAAUCUCUUCUUCACACUCAAACUCCAUGCUGCACAACCUCUGUGUUUGUACUUGUUUAAAUGCACAAUCAAAUUAUCAGUACCUAUUUUUCCUAUGAGUCAAUCUAAUAUCAAUGGUGAGAGGCUCUUCAUUCUUCACGUAAGAGACCUCACUGUGACAAAUAAAUUAUGGGACAAAGUUUACCAGUCUA